GUCAUAUCGAGCACACGCAGCUGGAACUAGCCUUCGCUUAUCGGAUCAGCGCUUUCCAUUGUUGAACAAAUAAAAUAAAAUGGGGAAGCAGUUUCUGUCGGAGGAGCAGGAGAGCUUCCUCGAGAGCUCCGAGGAGGAGUUCAAAUAUCGUUACACGGACGAUGACGCAGAAUUUGUGAAGUACAUGAAUACGGAGAGAGCGAAGCCACCGAUUGUCGAUCCCUGGUACAAUAAACCGAGGAGGCCACAGUUCGAUUGGCGCCAGGGAAAACGCAGAGACUGGGAUAACAGGGACAGGAGGAACAACGACAGGUACGAGAGGAAUGACAGGAGUGACAGACACGGAAGGCAUCACAUGAGUCAGAGGAAAUAUUCGAGACCUUACUGAGGUGGGGCAGGGAGAUUCGAUGACUUCAUGACUUUUUCGAGACAGAUUUACUAGAAUUAUAUCAUUCGAUCACAAGAUGAUUAAGUAAUAUCCUAUAAUUCCCUGGGAAUGGUUGAGUAGAAUUGAAAACGUUCUGAGACUUUUUGAAGACAUUUUUUUGAGCUUUGAAAUGAACGCAGACGCGUUAAAAUCGGAUCAUUUGGUCCGGAGUUAUUCCAAAUUUAGAAAAUGAAAAAACAACGUUCAAUAUUUGCAUUUUUUCAAAUGUUUGAAAAGUCAUUCUAAAAUAAUCGUCAAUAACUCGAGAAUGUCUGAGUGGAAUCUAAAAAAUUUUGAGACUGUUUCAAGAUAUGUUCCAAGCUUUCAAAUGAGCACAAACUUAUUAAAAUCGUAUCAUUUGGUCAAAAGUAAUUCAAAAUUAACAAAAUGAAAAAAAAUGUUCAGUUUGGAUUUUUUCGACUGUUUAAAAAGUCUCAUUAUAAAAUAAUCAUUAAUAACAUUUUCAGCUAAAACUAUUCCAUUCAAUAAAAAAAUGUCAAAAAUUUGGAAAAAAGGGGCCGAGGGGGCAAAAUGGGCACUUCAUACUAUUUUCCAAAUUUUAGAACUUCAUUUAAUUGUCAAUAAAUAACAACUAUUUGCAAUGAGCUCUGACAGUGAAUUUAUCUCUGAGUUAUGAAUAUUCAAAGAAAUGUCUGAAGUGUCCAUUUUGCUGGAUUCCAACAAUAAAAGACGUAAAAACCAAUUGAAAAAUAAUUAUCAAUGUAUUUCAUCAAUCAAGCAUUGUCGUCUACCAACAACAUAAUGUCCAUACGUUAAUUACGUUAAUAUCAGCAUAACGCCUGCUGUUUUGUAAUAAAUUUACCAACAUAGGAUUUACCACAAACUAUACACACAUAAGUUACAAAUCACUACAUCAAUAAACCCAUGUUUCAGCUUAA